AUGACGGACGAGGAGGAAACCAUUCAUUUAUGUCCUGCGGGCCUGCGGGAGUGGCUGCCAUGCCUGCAGGCUUCCAAUAUAAUCCUCUCGACUCUGUACCCGGACCCCGAGACCGGCAGCGUCGAGACCGUCCCCACAUCGAUCGCCUUCGACUCCGCCGAGGUCACCCUAGCCUCCAGGCUCCAGCACCAAGUCCGUCGUCGCCUCGACCGGCGAUCUCGCAGUCCACGCGCCCCCUCGCCGACGGCAGGCCUCGCCUCCGGCAGCCUCGACGCGCUGUUCACGAGUGUUACCGCGUCAUCCUUCCUCUCGGCGGAAGCUGACAGCGCAGGAACAACCAACACACUGUCUUCCUGGACGCUUCUGGUGGUUAUCGGGAUCGUGGCCGUGGCCGUGGCCGCGAGCGUGUAG